GUUAUUGAAUGAACCGUUGUUUUGGUUAUUGUUUAUAAGUGUUGGAAGUGCUAAAUAAUUGUGCAGAAUGGAGGUCAGUUAAUUUCAUUCGUAGUUUUAACGUAUUUAUCUGCCUCUUGUAUAGAUAUAAAUUCACAUUUUGUCAAUUGCAUAUUUUAACAAUAAAAAGCUAAUGGAGGAAUCUUGUGGUGCUCAAUACGCCUUACAAAUAGCCCUGCAAACUUUAAGGGAAAGAUGUCAUCAAUUUCAACAGAGAAUUGCCGUCCUCGAAGAGGAAAACCUAAACCUAAGAUGCAAAGCUAGCAUUAGAUCGGAGCAAGCUGAUUCGUCCCUUUCCGAAGUGGAUUCAUUAAGACAACAAGUGUCACAAUUAACGGAGCAUAACUUGCAGCUAACUAGUAACGUCUUAAUGGUAUCCGCCGAAAAUCGUCAGUUGUGGAAUAGACUAUCAAGGUUGACGCGCGCCAAUGAAAAUUUAGGCUCCAAACUGCAUAAAAUCAGUGACACUCUGUCGAACGUUACGUUGUCUAAUUCCCAAUCAACUUUAGUACGUUCAAAGACGUUCACUCAAGAGGAGCCACAUGUGAAAGUUGUACCGAGGAAUGUGACGGACGAAAAUAAUCGAAUUAGUUUAGAACUGGAAGACAUAUCGCUAAAGUUAAUGUGUAACAUUGCGAAGGAAAAAAGUGAGUUAGAGUUGCAGUGUUCGCAAAUGACCGAAUUACAAAAUAAUGAAUUUAUAAACACAUUCGCAUUUGCUUAUUCCGCUGAGGAAGUAGACAAUACCAUUUUAGAUGAAUUCGAUCAAUAUUUAAUGAAUUUGAAGAAUAUUAAGCACGUUUUAACACAAGAGAAAGGGAAACUGCAGAAGAAUCUAAACGAUUUAAAUUCAUUGUCAGUUUAUUACCAGUCUACUUCGGUUAAACCUCCAAUCGAUAAGGUGUCAACGUUUGUACAAACAAAUGCACAGGAAUUGGUGGACGAAGUGGCUGCUUCUGCAGUCACUAAUGAAGCGAGCAAGAUGGACACUUGUACAAAAAUAUGCCCGAUGUGUAGUAAAGUAUUUAAGGGUAAUGUUACUUUUAGAGAAUUUCAAGAUCAUGUCGAAAACCAUUUUACUUCUGAUACAGAGACAUUUGAUGUAAUUUGAGUGGAAAUUUACUCAUAAUGAUCCGCAAAAACCUUGUGAUAUGACAAAUUUCUCAAAUGUGUCAGGUUAUUCCAUAUGCAAGUCUAUUUAUGAUUAUAUUUUAAUAAAUAUUUUUGUUAUUA